AAUAAUGAACCGAAGACCGAUCCGGAGCAGUCGUGGAGGCGGAUCUGAGGCUCAGGAACGCUGGCCGCCUCAGCUGAUUCAUGGUAAACAACACGCGUCUCGGGCGUCUUGUCGCAGUGUUUAUAAUGGCGGGUCACCCUAAAGAUGUGGUGAUAACUGAUGAGCACCCCAAGACACUCCUGCUCCAGAAACACGCCGAUUAUAUUGUUGGAUACAGCAAAAAAAAGGAGGAUUAUGAAUUUACGAUGACUGAGCACUUCCGGAUGUCUGGCAUGUACUGGGGCAUCACGGCAGUGGAUCUGUUGUCACAAUUAGAGAGGAUGGAUCGUUCUGCAAUAAUUGAAUUUGUCCGUCAGUGUCAAGAUGAGACGACUGGUGGAUUUUCCCCAAGUCUUGGCCAUGAUGCUCAUUUACUGUAUACACUCAGUGCUGUCCAGAUACUUGUAAUAUUAGAUGGUAUGGAUGACGUGGAUGUUGAUGGUGUAGUAAGGUUCAUCGUGGGUCUGCAGAAUGAAGAUGGGUCGUUCUCUGGUGACCAGUGGGGGGAAGAAGACACCAGAUUUUCCUUUUGUGCCGUUGCAUGUCUGGCUUUACUUAAAAGGCUGGAUGCAAUUAAUACAGACAAAGCAGUUGAGUUUGUAAUGAAAUGCCAGAAUGUGGAUGGAGGGUUUGGAACAAGACCAGGGUCUGAGAGCCAUGCUGGACAAAUAUACUGCUGUGUAGGUCUCCUCUCAAUCACAGGUCAGUUACACAGAGUGAACGGAGACCUCCUUGGUUGGUGGCUGUGUGAGCGGCAAUUACCGUCAGGGGUGAAUGGCCGACCAGAGAAGUUGCCAGAUGUAUGCUAUUCUUGGUGGGUGUUAGCUUCCCUUAAAAUGCUUGACAGACUUCAUUGGAUUAAUGCCGACAAAAUGCGCCUUUUCAUAAUGGCAACGCAGGAUCCUGAGACGGGAGGCUUUACUGAUCGACCAGGGGAUAUGGUGGACCUAUAUCAUACUCUCUUUGGACUUGCUGGCCUCUCAUUACUUGGAGAAACUGGACUUAAAGAAAUUAAUCCCGUGUUUUGCAUGCCCCAGUAUGUGCUGGAUCGUAUCUCUGUGUCUGUUCAGAUGAUGUCCACAUGAUUAUAUAGAUAUAAAAAAAAAUUAUAUUUACAUGAUUUAAAAUAUGUAGAAAUUUUAUAUUGAACAAUUCUUUAUUGGAUUUACUAAAGGUAUCAAAUACUGUACUGCAUUAACAAAUAACAUUGAUUGUUGUACAUUCCAUUUGUUUUGCUGAUAUUAUAGCAUGUUUUGAAUACAGUGGCACCUCGACUUACGAUAAUUUCGAGUUGCGAUAUAAAUUUUAUCGGAAAAUGCAACUCGACUUAGUUGACGACACUAUCAUAAUGAUAUUUGUUGAUACACGUUCGGGUCAACUGAGUGCAUGUUUCCCGGUUGCGCGGGCCGACCCGUCUCAGUUUACUAGAGCUGCCCACUUAGUGACGAUUACGCUUAUAAGAAAUUCUAUUUUUAUUUUUUUUUUUAUUUUUUGUUUUUUGAACAUAAAACUGAUUAUUAUAUAUCAUGCCAUGGGUCCCAAGAAAGUCAGUGGUAAGGUUCAACAUAUGAAAAAACAUGUGAGGAUGUCCAUAGAGGUAGUACAGAAUAUCCCUGCCUUAAAAAUUAAGAAAAUGUGUGCAGCAUGGGAAGAACUGUAAACUUUUGCUGGAAUAACUCGCCCAAAUCAAGCUGCAGUAAGUCGUUGCCUUAACCUUUUCAAUGACACUGUGAUGCAUCUCUACAGACAAAUGUUAAAAUGAAGGGAAAACGAGUGUCACUAGACAAAUUUUUAGUGAGACAAACUAGCAGUGAACCACAACCAGGUCCUAGUGGUAUGAAGGCAAAACGUGCCAGUGUGUGUACCCCAGUGAAAUCAUUACUGCCUGAUGUUAUAAUGGAAGGGGACUCCCCUUCCAAACAGUAACACCUCUCCUCCUCCCUGUCUUCCAUAUGCCAACAAGGGUCAUCAGUAAAGGUAAGCAAUAACUUGUACAUACUUUUGUAAUGAAGAUUUGAGUGAAUUAGGUAUAAAAUUAACUUUGAAGUUAAUUUUUGGGGGAGUCGGGAACGGAUUAAUUCAUUUCCCUUUAUUUCUUAUGGGAAAAAUCGUUUUGACUUACAAUACAUCUCUGGAAACAGAUUACUAUCGUAAAUCGAGGCCCCACUGUAUUGGAAAUGACUGACUUUGCUGUAAGGACAUUUCAGAGAUUCACCGCAUACAAAUUUCUACGUGCUCUUGCAAAAUGAAACCAGAAGAGAAAAUAAAUUAACAGUCCCAAAGUACAUAGGUCUAACAUAGCACACAUAAUAAUGAAAGAUGUGCAUACAUUAUAUUCAUUCUACACAUGUUAAUUAUCUACAUGACAACCACUAUGUUAAGUGGUCUUUUUUUUUUUUUUUUUUUUUUUUUUUUUUUUUAAUUCACACUAUAUUUGUAUUGGCAAACCAUGCACCUGUGAUAAUCAAACUGGAAUUGGUGUACUGGAGCUUGGACUACAAACAUUAGAAAUCAUAAUUUCCAUAUAUCCAGAUGUAUAUUUUUGUAGCACGUACCACACACUAGACAUGGCUCUCGGAAUAGUCCAGCAGCUUUAUUUGUGGUACCUUAUAAUAAUUAACGGAUUCUUAGUCAUUACCGACAAAUAAGCCAACCUAAAUGUUAGUUAAAAUUAAUUUAGCCCACCUUUUAUGGUUAGCACGGUGUUAAGAAAACUGUGUGUAGAGUGGCACCUCCAAAAUCCAACUCAUAUUGUUCUGGUUUUCAGAAAUUUGCCAUUUUCUUUUUGCCAAUCAAAUUUAAUGGAUUUUUCUUAUAGGAAGCAAUACAUAUUUACAUAUAAGUAAUACAGUAUAAUGAUUGUGUGAGUAUAAGUAAAUUCUGUGAGAAUAAGUAAUAAAUAUUGCAUGCCCCCAAAACCAUGAAACAUUAAUUUAUUUACUUACCUUUCUUUAACACUGGCUGAUGUUGAUACCCCAGAGGCAGCAAAAUGCAGUUACAGUACUAUGUCAUGAUGUCUGUUAAACUAGUCUUGAAGUCCGCAGUGCAGAUGGUUACUGCCACUCUCUCGGCUACAGACUGUAACUGUGCACCACCAACAGCCAGCCCCAGGCUACAGUGCUACUUAAAUCACUGAUAAACAGCCCAUCAUCUAAAUCCUCAUUCUUAGGAGGUUUCAAUGUUGUUAUUUUGUCACUUCUCUUUCCACACUGGUCUCCAUUUUAAU